AUGGAGAAGACCGUGGUUCUGUACCCCGGCUUCGCCGUGAGCCACUUCGUCCCCAUGAUGCACCUCGCCCGCGCGCUCCUCCAGCACGGCCACGCCGUCUCCGUCGCGCUCGUCGACCCCGCCGUCAACCCGGACGCCGCCUUCGGCGCCGCCGUCGCCCGGGCCGCCGCCUCCAUGCCGUCCAUCCGCUUCCGCACGCUCCCGCUCGUCGAGGGCACGCCCACGCUGACGCCGGACGCGCAGUUCGUCCUCAGGUACCUCGACGUCGUCGGCCGCCACAACGAGCACCUCCGCGACUUCCUCCGCUCCUCGCGCGGCGUGCGCGCCGUGGUCGUCGACUCGCUCUCCGUCGAGGCGUUCGGCGUCAUUAAGCCGCUAGGGAUCCCAGGAUAUGUUCUCUUCACCUCCAACGCCACCGCCCUUGCUGCCUUCGUCCAGCUUCCGGCAGUUCUGGCGGAGGCCCAGACGAGCAUCAAGGACCUGGGGGACGCGCCUAUCGAGUUAUUCGGCCUUCGGCCCAUGCCGGCCUCUCACCUAUUCGGCGAGAUGCUCGAGGACCCGGAGAGCGACGUAUGCAAGGCGACCAUGACCGCGCUGUACGGGAUUCCGGAGGCCGACGGCAUCCUGGUGAACACGUUCGAGGCGCUGGAUGCUCGGGCGGUGGCCGCCCUCGGGGACCCUCGGUGUCUCCCCGGCCGUGUCAUGCCGCCGGUGUACUGCGUCGGGCCGUUCGUCGGCGGCGUCGGUGACGAGUUGCCAAAACAGCGGCACGGGUGCCUCGCGUGGCUCGACGGGCAGCCAGACCGCAGCGUCGUGUUCCUCUGCUUCGGGAGCGCGGGACACCACUCGGAGGGGCAAAUCAAGGAGAUCGCCGUCGGCCUGGAGAACUCCGGCCACCGGUUCCUCUGGGUCGUGCGAGCACCAUUCAGCGACGACCCGGCAAAGCCGUUCGACCCCCGUGCCGACCCGGACCUUGACGCCAUCCUGCCGGACGGUUUCUUGGACCGCACCCGCGGCCGCGGCCUCGUCGUCAAGCAGUGGGCGCCGCAAGCCGACGUACUCCGACACGCGGCCACCGGCGCGUUCGUGACGCACUGCGGGUGGAACUCGGUGCUGGAGGGCGUGACGGCGGGCGUGCCGAUGCUGUGCUGGCCGCUGUACGCGGAGCAGAAGAUGAACAAGAUGUUCAUGGUGGAGGAGAUGGGGGUUGCGGCGGAGAUGGUCGGGUGGCAGCUGGGGCUGGUCGAGGCAGCCGAGGUGGAAGGCAAGGUGAGGAUGGUCAUGGAGACCGAGGAGGGCAGGGAGCUCAGGUCCCGCGCGUCGGCGCACAAGGAGGCCGCGGCAGCGGCCUGGGACGACGGCGGGUCGUCGCGCGCGGCCUUCGCCCGCUUUUUGUCGGACGUCGAGAGACGGCAGGCUCGGGUUCGCAGCGGGGAUGGCGACGUGCUCCAUGAGGGGUGUUGCGUGAGCUUGCUUUGA